CACAGAUAUCAUUCUGAGAACAGAAAUACAGCUUUUGGGGAAUUUAAGUUUGGCCCUUUAUUUGUGAGACUAUGUUAUGAGCUAGGAUUAGAAGAAACUGCAGAAGAGAUGGUGAAAGACCAGAAUCUAAAGGGCUUCUUCUCUGAUUCAACAUCAUUCAACAUUGUGAUGGAUAUGCUGUUUAUGAAGGAAAGAUAUGAACGUGCUUUGGGAGUUCUUCUGGAAAUGAAAAGUCAAGACAUAAAAUUUAGUAAGGACACUUACACAUUGGCAUCUGCAGUCUGCUACAAAAUGAAUACCGAUGAGGCAUAUAAGAUCUGCAGCAUGCUGUUGGAAGAAUCAUUGGCAAGAGGAGAUUUUGUUCCCCGGCAUGCGUUCUGCUUUGCAAUAGCACUUGCAAUUAAGCAGAAUGAUAUUGUUAAAGCUCGGUCAAUUUACUCUCACAUUUUGCACACAGACAGCAAAAUCUGUCUUAAUCUUCAUGUCCUUUUACUGGCUCUGUCAGGGGCACAACAAAAUCUGCUUUCCGUUUUGGAAAAAACAGUUGCAAACAAUGUUCCGACGUUUGUGAAGAAGCUGGAUUUUUCCCAAGAAGUGCUGACUGCAGUCCGCAAAACCUUGGAGAAUAAUCUGGAACUUCAAAGACGUUUUGAAGAUGUAUGUGACACACUGCAAAGGUCUGGCCAAAUCACAGCACUGAGUCUCGACGACAUGCUUUGUCAAACGCCAAAUGGAAAGAAGCCUAUUAACCCUUUGCUAUUUACAAGGAAAGUUAGUCGACGGACCUUCAAACCGUUACAGUCAGCAUUACUUUCAGAAUAAUUCUACUGGACUGUGCAUUAUUUGAUAGUGUUGAACAGCUGUAUCUGGACAUCUUUCCCAGCUAUUGGUGUUGGCUAAAAGAACAGAUUCUUUUCAACAUCUGGUUUUGCUGUUUCUAGCAAACUUGAAGAUAGUGAGUUGCAAAGCACUUCUCAAAGCAAGGAAGGAUGAUGUGUGUUUUGAAGCUGGUAAUUGUUACAGUAACCUUGAAAGGCCCAAGACCAAAGUUAUACAUUCGGCAAAAAUAAGUAAAAAAACUUGCUGUAACUAGCACCCAAUGUUGCAGGUCUUUGGAGGAUACAGAAAGGUACAGUGCUUCCAAUUCAUAACCUUUGUGUUGUAAAUCCAGAGACCUCCUGGAAAUUUUAAAUAAUUUCAUCACGCUUGAACUUAGUUAUUUUUUUUUGUUUGCUGUAAUUCUCCAUGCAUUUGUAUGCUGGUCCAAUAUCAUGUAGUCCUUUCAGAAGCAGUUUUAGCAAAAAUAUCAUUGAUCCUUAUCUGAACCAGAAAGACUAUUGUAAAGCUGUGAAACAUGUUGCAUAGUUGUUUUUCCUUUCAUGUUAUCAUAACUGAGCCUGUUAUGACUGCAAUAUGUAUUUUCCAUAAAUUGCCAUCUUGUACUAGUGCACCAGACCCACAGUGCUGACGGGAAGGCACUUGCAAGAUUUUGACCCAGCAAAGGUACAGGAACCAUGAUAUCGUUCCAAGUCAGGAAGAUGGAGGGGAGCUUGCAACUGGUGAUGUUUCCAUUCUGCUGUCUCCAUCCAGCAUAUCCUUAAGAAUGCAGCUAUCAUCCAUCCCGCGCAUAUGUUUCACCAAUUCCGAAUUCAGUUUGAAUAAUUUCCCUGAUUUGCUGCAAACUUACGUUACCAGCUGAAUGAGAUGUACUUUUAUCGAUUCUGGUGCAAGAGAAAUGCAGGCCAUGUGCUCAGACCAACAUUUUGCUAAGAUUAAUUGAACAGAAAGAUAUUCCCUCAUUAUCUUGAAAUAAAGUCAUGUUAUCUUAGAAGUUGUAAUAUUUUGGCGAAGUCCACCUUGCCACAUUCCAUUCUGUCCUUGCCAGCAGUUUUGUUGGCUGCUACAAAGGUCCUGUGGUUGAUGUAACAAGUCAUAAAAUAAUCUUUUAUUCAGAAUUUGUAAAUCGUUUGCAAUACAAUAUUAGUAUUAUCCACGCAUAAAGGAAUUAGUGUUUGAAACACUUGUUAUUGCUAGGCAACUUCACAGUAUGAAUGAUCUUUCUGUAGAAUGCACAGUCUACAUUCUUAAAGGAAUUGAGACUUGAAAAUCUGUCAUCAUACAGUAACUUUAAUAUUUUAAAAAUGAAAAUCAUUCACUUGUCUUUCAUAUUUCUUUCAAAGAUGCAAACAGUUUACUGAGAAAUGCUAAACUAUGCAUUGGUAAAUGUUCUAUAUUUGAACAAUAAGCUGCUCCCUUUACCAUCAAUAUUUUUAAAAUGUAGUUCAAUAGGCUUAGUAAGGGAUUCUGAAUCAGACUUCUGAACUAAAGUGUGUUUUCUUGUAUGUCCGUUAUGACUAACCUCUGGAUGUAGUAAAUUAAAGAUUUAAGGAAAACAA